ACUGUGGUUUGUUUAUAAUUUCAUUUUACUGCUUGCAAGUUGCAGCUUUGUUCGGUAUCGCUGCCGUUUGCUUAACCCGUUCGAAAUUGUGCAUCAAAAUAAGGGUUAAUUGCCAAUUUCGAAUAAAAAUGAACGCUGUUGAUGAAGAAUCAACUCCGGCAGAACAAACGCAGCCAGAGUCGGAGCCAACAAAAGAUGAUUCUAACGAUAAAGAACAGGAAGCAAUAAUGGAGAAGCUGAAAGGUGACCGGAUUGGUGAAACAAUGUACAGUGAGCGGUUUGUACUUACAACCAUCCUUAAACUACCGCAGCUUAAGACGAGUCUCGCCGACGAUGAGGAUUACGAGAAGGAUUUGUGCAGUCUUUGGGAUAUGACAAUCGAAAAGGAUGUGGUGCUGUAUCUGCUCAAGCACGAUGUCGUAGAGCUGUUUAUUGGACUGUCCCAGAAUUCCGAGGAUUACAGGCUGAUAGAGAUUUUGUUUGGUAUUAUUGGGAACAUGUGUUGCGUUGACGAAACACAUAAAUUUCUGUACGAGAACAAGUCUCUGUUUUUGAGUUUAUGCACUUUCCUCGACUCUAGUGAUACCCUGGUUCUUGUUCAGUUUAUGAGGAUUAUGACUUCGUUGCUUGAUAAAUCCGAUGACGAACAGUAUUGCUGGUUUAAACUGAUACGGGAAGUUGAGAACAUGACGGACAAGUUGGGUUUCAUCCUCAGCAGCACAACAAACAAAGAGUUAAUUGAGCACACGCUGGAAACAGUCCAUGCGAUGGUGAACCGUUUUACAGAGGCAGAAGUGGACUACGCUCAACUCAACGAGUUCUAUAGUACGUUUGCCAAGCCCUGCCUAAUAGAAGGGUUAAUGGAAGGAUUCAAGCAUAUCUAUCCGGAAACGGCAGCAGAGAAUAAGUUCGAAGAGGAAUACUUCACAAGUAAAGAUUUGAAAACUGUUCAAAAGUUCUUAGAAAUUAACGAAAAUCUGAUUAUCAACGCUAACGAAGCAUACGCGGAUUAUGUGGAAAGUAUUGUUUAUUGCAUGUGGCGUGUACUUGUUCCGCUCAGUAACGAGGGAUCGCUUCUUCCACUGUCAAAGAUGCAUGUACGGAUUUUCGUGUGCAUUAACAGUAUCUACAGCGCUAUAGUGUAUCAUUUUCAUGCCGGAACAUUCCUAGCAUUAGUCAAAAUUUUCACACUGUUAGAAAAGGAACAAGAAUCGAUUCAGAGCACAACAAAUCAGGAAAGUGCAACAGCUGACAACAAUACGGAAGAAAGUGACUGUGAAUUCGACAUACAAACAGCGCUGGGCGAAGUUCUGGAAACACUCUAUUUCACUGCGGAGCCGAUCGAAUUGGGUACCAUCGAAAACGUGUGGAAGACAAGCCGCUUCAAUGAGAAAACGGUGGAACGGCUCUGCACUGCGAUACGAGGAACGAUGGCAGGCGAUCCGUUGCUGGAAAGAACGUGUGAUUUGCUCAUGGAAAGUGCGCGCAACGUUUGGAGCAAAAAAGAUUGAUCGUAACUGUCUGUAAGUAGGGCAUAAUUUAAACAUUUUGUAACAAU